AUGGAUAUCUCUUUAUACAGCCAGUCUCAAUCGCUGCUUGCCCAAGUCGCGGCACAAUGUACGGCGGGCAAAGCGCACGGCUUCAUGUCAUCAUCUAUUUACGAUACGGCUUGGGUAUCUAUGAUACAGAAGCCUGGGGACUCAAAAAGCUGGCUAUUUCCAGAGUGCUUCAAUUUCGUACUCCAGAAUCAAAUGUCAGAUGGUGCCUGGACGUCUUACGCAUCGGAGAUAGACGGCAUCUUGAAUACGGCCGCUGCUCUUUUGGCCGUGAUCAAACACCUAAAGGAGUCGCCUGAUAAUGAAGAUCUGAUGCUCAGGAGUCAGAAGGCAGAAUCCGCGCUUACACGGAUGCUCAGAAGCUGGGAUGUGGGGGCUACAGAUCAAGUUGGGUUCGAGAUUCUUGUCGUAAAACAUCUCUCUUUGCUUGAAGACGAAGGGAUCGUCUUUGAUUAUCCGGGGUUAGCAAGCCUGAGAGCUAUUCAUAAUGCCAAAUUAGCAAAGCUUCCCGUGUACAAAGCACCGUCAACCCUUCAUCACUCUCUUGAAGCAUUAAUUGGACGUAUUGAUUUUGACAAGACGAAAUGUCAAAGGGGCGACAACGGCUCAAUGUUCAAUUCCCCAUCAUCAACUGCAGCCUAUCUCAUGAAUUCAUCCACUUGGGACACAAUGGCUGAAUCAUAUCUCGAAGAUGCCCUUAUGUAUAGCACAGGUAAAAGGGACGGAGCCGUAGCUUCUGCUUGGCCAACAACAGUGUUUGAAGUCUCUUGGGUCACCACAAUACUUGCUGAAGCUGGAGCCCCUAUUGGCGUGGUAGAGUCCUCUGCUAUUAGUAAAUUUCUUGAGGGAGCUUUGACAGCGCAUAACGGGAUUGUUGGGUUCGCACCUUCAAUUCUCCCAGAUGCAGAUGAUACGGCCAAAACGAUAAUGGCAUUGCGUUACCUAGGUAGAUCCGCUGAUGUUGCACCUCUAUUAGAGGCGUUCGACGCAGAUGAUCAUUUCAAAACCUAUCAAGGAGAACGAAACCCUAGUUUCAGUGCAAACUGCAAUAUUCUUACAUGUUUGCUGAUGCUGGAUGACCCAGCGCCUUACGUAUCCCAGAUAACGAAAGCAACUAAAUUUCUAUGCAAGCAAGCAUUCAGCGGAGACGUGAGAGAGAAGUGGCACACACAUGAGCUGUACUGGAUGAUGCUCCUAUCCCAAGCUUUCGUACGAAUCUGGCAUCACAUGAAGAUUGAAGCUGGGAGUCUCCGCGAUGGUCUCUUUUCCAGAGAACCACAGCUGAGGCAGUAUAUCCCUAUGAUAUCGCUACAUAUUCUAGUGAAAACACUUGGUUCUCAGGAGACCAAUGGCUCAUGGGGUAGCAUAUGUGAAGUAACGGCUUACGCCGUCUUGACGCUGUCUUCGCUGGCGCAGAUCCCCUGGGUUCAGGAGCUUCAUGAUGACAGAAUUAUCGCCAGUAUCAACAGAGGACUGUCGUUUCUCAAACUUCACAGAACCCAAUGGGAUAAGGGGCAUUAUCUGUGGGUUGAAAAAGUGACUUAUUCAUCCGACAUUCUCUCCGAAGCGUAUUGCCUGGCAGCUGCUAUGGGUCCAGCUACUUUAACCUACCAGUCUAAGAUACCUCACGCAUUUUCAUUACCAGAAAAACUUGCUGCUGGCGUCAAGAAGGCGAUGGAUAUUACUAAGGGGACUCCGCUGCUCGCCCAUACCGAACCACAAAUCCUCCAAGAAGCAGAGCUGGUAGCCGUUUACGCUCUUUGCUAUCUGCAACAAAAGCACGUAGAGAUAUUUCCGCAGCCAGAAGGUGGAAAAAGAGACCAUAAGUACCAGAUAUUUACACCAGUUAUAUGGGCUGUCUGCAAUGCAACACACGGCAACGCCAUUAGCCUGUCAGCGAUGUGCGAGAUGGUAACAUUUUCCACGCUGAUCUACCAGGUUGACGAAUACAUGGAAACCGUGAUCGAAAAAGUCUUCAAAAAGCAUCUUCCUGUAGUCGCUAGACUCAUCGCGCAACUAUGUCAAGAUAUCAGCAUCACAUCGGAUGGUAAUUACCCAGAUGGAGGAGAAGCGACAAGCUCGUCUUAUGGACUGGUGAAUGGCGAGAGCGUUGCCCUCGAGGAGGCAAAGUACGUCUUCAGUCGUUUCAUCAGAUACGUUUUGAAGCACCAGGCGGUUCUUGCUAGUCACAAGAGUGUACAGCAAAGACUUGCUUAUGAGCUGGAGAUAUUCCUCACCGCUCAUGUCACUCAGGCGAUGGAUAAUCAGCAGCUUGCUCUUCAACAAGAGACCAAUGCGACAUCUCCUUCUACGCUUCGCGAAUACCUUAGUCCUGGACGGACUUUCUACAGCUGGGUACGAAGUACGUCAGCAAAUCACACGUCGUGUCCCUUUUCUUUUGUUUUCUUCAACUGUCUGGUUCCAAAGCUAUCGUCCAGAGUCUUCAAAACAGCAAGAUCAUCUUAUCUUGCCGAAGACAUGUGCCGUCACCUUGCCAGCCUGUGUCGCAUGUAUAACGACCACGGUUCGGUAGCGCGGGAUAGAGAUGAGGAUAACUUGAAUUCGGUGAACUUUCCCGAGUUCCACCUUGGCGUUAGAAAAGGACCUGACGCGGAGCAAGUUAUUAAACAAGAACUGAUCGGGAUAGCUGAGUACGAAAGGGAAGGGCUUGAGAGAGCAAUGAGUGCAGUAGAGAACGACCUAGGCGAUAGCAACUUGAUGGAUGCUUUAAAAGUACUCAUUGAUGUCACAGACCUCUACGGCCAGAUAUAUGUCCAAAGGGAUCUUACGGCCCGAAACAAGUAGCUCUCGAUAGUUAAUAGGGGUUGAGAAAGGGGCUCCUAGGACCUAAGGUACAUAGUCAGAAGGGCUUAAUCGCUUAAGGAUAAUAAAUAAUAAAUAUCCUUGUUAUAGCUUUCUACUGUUCUUCUGCGUAUGCUGUUCUUUCGGAAAUAAUGAAGGAUUGUUCGACCUGGAUAACAAGUCACCGUCUUAUAAAUGAAGCGCGUCACA